UUUUACUUACUGAUAUUAUGAUCAAACAAUGAAGUUCUUUAUUCCAUCGUGAUACGUAGACCCUUGUGCAAAAAUGCAUUUUAUACUUUGGGGGAUUACUUGUGUGCAUGAGCAAGUAUGAAUGCCAUUAUAAAUGUUAACUCGGAUUUAAUUCGGAAGGCGGGAAGUCCUGAGAAGAAGGAGCACCUGUAUAAGAUUUUAGUGAUAGGAGAACUAGGAACAGGAAAGACGUCCAUUAUAAAGAGAUACGUCCAUCAGUUCUUCUCACAGCAUUACAGAGCUACUAUUGGUGUAGAUUUUGCCUUAAAGGUCCUGAACUGGGAUGCAGACACAAUUGUCAGAUUACAGUUAUGGGACAUUGCUGGUCAGGAGCGAUUUGGAAACAUGACACGGGUAUACUACAAAGAGGCAGUAGGGUGUUUCAUUGUGUUUGACGUUACAAGGGCUUCCACAUUUGAUGCCGUGGUAAAAUGGAAGAGUGAUUUAGACAGUAAAGUACAGCUUGCAGAUGGUAGCCCCGUCCCCUGUGUUUUAUUAGCUAAUAAAUGUGACCAAGCUAAGGAAGGUCUAGUAAACAACUCAAAUCAGAUGGAUGAUUUCUGUAAGGAGAAGGGUUUUAUUGGUUGGUUUGAAACAUCAGCAAAAGAAAAUAUCAACAUUGAUGACAGUGCAAGGUUCUUAGUUCAACGAAUAUUAGAAAAUGAUAGCAACAUAAAACGAGACGAAGAAGAUCAGGAUAAGAUAACUCUUGACAGCCGGCAAAACAUUCUAAAAAAUCCAAAGGAGAAGGGAGGAUGCUGCUGAUGUCACAGCUGAAUAAACUUAAAUGUUUAUGGAUGAGUGAAAACAUUAUUUUGUAUGGAUGAGAGAGCACAUUGAGUUGUUAUGGAUGAAUGAGCACAAAAAUUUGUUUUGGAUGAGUGGAAUAAGUGAAUGAGAAGAUGGAUGCGCUUAAAAUGAGAUAUAACAAGAUAUUGAGAUACAGAAGAACCAUUGAAACAUCAUGUACAUGUAUGUUAAGACAAUGCAAUGUUUGUGUGUAUGUGUGUUACUAAGUUCAGGUAGUAGUGAAUGCUAUCUUUGUACACCACAUCCAAAGUUCAUUUUUUUUUUUAUUUGUACAACAUGAAAAUGCUUAUUAUUGUCUUUUAUAGUAAUUCUUACUUACUCUACUUUUUACUUCAGAAGAUUAUGUUGUCAGUAUGUUCUGCUUUCAGAGGUUUAUAUUCUUAUUAGUUGCCAUAUUUAACUCAGAAUGUGCCUUAAACAUGCACUUAUUUGAGAGAAAUGGUAAUUUUAAAACAGAAGAAUUUUAGUGUUAUUUAUUAUAAUCUACUUGUUUAUGAAUAAAAACAAUGCAAGUAUAUUGAGUUAUUCUAAUUAUAGUGUAGUGAGAGGCAUAGAUAUUUUAGAAUGUGUUCAUAGUAGGUUUACAUCUAAUUAUUAAAAUGCAGUUGUGUUUUGUUUUUUCAUAAAUUUCAUUUAUGCGUGAACCAAACUG